AUGAGUGAGAUUUUAAGCCAUUCCCCAGUAAACCAUCAGUGUAAAGAUGUUAAACCAACCCCCCAUCAAAUGAUGAAUCAUUUGAGAGAAGUGGAAUUUGAGAAAUGUAGAACAAAACAACAACAUUGUUUUGAUAGUGGUGGGUGUUUCUACAUUUCUCAAAUUCCACUUCUCUCAAAUGCUACUUCUAAAAGCAAAUAUUUGCUUUUAAACGUGUUUAGACACAUUAUAUCCCUGAGCGAUAAAGUCAACAUGGAGGACUACGUUGUAAGUGACGAGGACAAGAAAUUAGUCUUAGAUUUUUAUAAAAGUUUAUAUUCGAAUACAGAAAAUUUAUCUGGAGUUUAUGAUGAUGUUUCAUCCAUAUAUGAUAAAGUAAAUUCUAUUACCAAGUAUGCACCAUUCAAAAGACUUGCAAAAGAUAUAGCCGAAUUUCUGGACCAUAAACAUUUGCAAGAAAAAAGAAUCUUAGAUGUUGGAUGUGGUAAUGGAAAUCUUGGAAAAUCUCUUGUUGAAGAAGGAUUUAAAAACAUCGAUGGAUUAGAUAUAUCGGAGAAGUUGUUGGAAAUGUGUAAAGAGACGAAAUGUUACAAUAAAUUGCUUAAAGUGCCAUUGACAAGCAAUCCAACACCAGGUAUUGAAGAGAAUACUUACGACAUUGCUGUUUCUAGUGGAUGCUAUGUCGCGAGUCACAUUCCUCUGGAUACGUUAUUUGAACUGACACGUAUAGUGAAGCCUGGUGGUUAUAUAUUCUACACUCUUCAUGACCCUAACUACACGAUGGAUUAUAUGAAUUGGCAUGGCAAGAUAAUGAAAGAAAAGAAAGCUGAUUUGAUCUCGAUGACACGGGCACCGUACAGAUUGGAACCAAAGAAUGAUUUUAAACCAACCUACGGCUAUUAUGUGCUGUUUAAAGUGUUAUAAAACAUGAAGUAAAUAAGUCAAUUCACAUUUUCAUGAAAUUUUAU